CUUCCGGGGGACAGCUUGGUGGAAAUGGAUGAGAGCACCCAAGCGCGCUCAUCCCGCCCACCCUGUUCCGGCGGUGCAUUGAGUUAGCAGCGGCCGCCUGCGUUGUGCUGGACUUAACCGGAUGCCAUUGGCAGGCUCCGCGACAGCGCCGAAACCCGCGAAGGGGCCGGGCGGGGUUUCUCGAGCCAGUCCCGGCGCCAAAGGGUAGGCCCCCGCGCCCCCGGGCUGGUAGCCGUGCUACGCUCGCCACUCUUCGGACCCUGGCGGAUUUGCCCACGCUGCUGCAGCAACCGCUUCCGGCGCAGUGGCUCAAAGGUUCCGGCAGGUACGGCGCCGCCGCCGCGGAAGUAGCUAGGGGGCAAAUAGCGCGGGGCGUGGCGGACGAAGCGGCCCGGCGAUGGGCUUCGCGCGGCUGUUGUGGCGCUUCUGGACUGCGAUACCGUUCCAAGGUUCCGGCGCUUCAGGCGGCGCACAUCUGCCGGACGCGAAGGCCGGGGCGGUGGUAGCCUGCUGCCGUGCGCGCAAGGGCCCCAGGCUUAUCGGGGGCUGCCGGCCUGUGUCUGCGUGCCAAUUAAUAAGCCGGCGCACUCAUUAGGCGGGGCUGCGGGCCUUGCAGAGCUACCGGGCCCAGCAGCCGCAGCGUCGAAGACAGGGCUAGAAGAAGCAGUGGCAGCGCGCUCGCUGCUGGUGCUCCGCAGUCAGUCCCUGCUGUAGAGGCGCGCUGCAAUGAUCAUGCCGCAGGGCAGCAGCUGCAAUUGCAUGGAGUGCGAUCUUCGCGACGCUUGCAUUGUAUGAAAUUUCCCGACUCAAACAACAUCCACC